AUGACUGGAGAGACGGUUCAAAAUAUCACCAAAACAUUCAAAUAUUCGUUCCCGACAUGUACGAACGAAGAAAUCCACUUCAACCUGGAGGUGCCAGUGGACAUUCCUCACGCCGGCUCCACCAGGGAGCUGGUGCAACGAGUUAUCAACAUGUUUCAUGUGCCCGUGUAUUUAGAAGAAGAACUGAAUGAGAAAUUAGCACAGUUUGUAGCAGAAGAAACCAAAAACUUCCACAAUGAGAGAGACAAGAAACUGCUGAACCAACUAAAGAACAGUGAAAUCAAUGUAGAAGGCAUUAUCAAGAACUGGGAGAAGUUGUUUAAAGACAAUGUGAUGGAGUUUGCAGAACAGAAGGGCACAUCCGAUGAAGAGGUGUUUGCAGCGGCAUACCACAAGCUGGUACACUCACCUGCUUUGGAAACUAUCCUGCAAGUUGAGAACUCAUAUGCCAAAACUGUGAUGAACACACUCAAGAGCAGAGAUGAAGAUAUUGAGAAACUCACUCAAAAACAGACUGAAGAAAUGGAGGAGAAAGUCCGUAUGCUAAACAUCUCUAGCACAGAGGAAGAGAUCAAUGAGCUAGCAGCGCAGCAGUUUGAGCAGCAAGCUCUGGUGGCGGGGCGCUGGGGCUCCCAGCUGGACGCGCUGCGCCAGACACAGCGCGCGCAGCACCGCGCCUGGCUCAUGGACACGCUGCAGGAGUACCAGAGCACCUCUGCACUCAACACACCAAGUAACUCUCCACUGGCGACAUUCUCCCCGGAGAGCGUGUCUCUACCGGCGCCAGUGGCGGCGGGCGGCGCGCGGCUAGAGGAGAGCUUCACCAUCCACCUCGGCAGCCAGCUCAAGCAGACACAUAACAUACGCAUCGUCGCCAUGGACCUGCUCGACCUCUGCGCCGUCGAACAAGUGGACAAUCCGGCGGAGUCGUCCCGCCGCCUGCAGACGGCGCUGUCGCUGUACUCGGGCGAGCUGGCGGGCUGCGUGGUGCUGGGCGAGGCGCCGCCGCGCCGGCCCGCGCCGCCCACCACGCGCCUGCUGGCCGCCGCCGACCUCAGCACCGAGCAUCACUUCCCCGGCAUGGACGCGCAGCUCAGGGACAUCAGCGAACGACUGCUAGAACCGGUGGAGCGCCGUAACUCUCAGCGGUUACAAGCGGACGGUGCGGGGGGCGCGGGGUCGCGCGGGCGCAGUCGCCGAGACCUGCAGACUGGAGACAUCUUUAUCACGAAGCACAGCAACCUAGCCGAGGUGCACGUCGUUUUCCAUCUCAUGGUGGACGAUUCUUCGCUCCGAUCGGGAGACAUAACGUCCCGUCACCCUGCUAUCCUGGGCCUGCGCAACAUACUGAAGGCGGCGUGCAGUAACGACAUCACCAGCCUCGCCAUACCGCUACUGCUGCGACACGAGAUGUCGGAGGAGAUGACGGCGGCAUGGUGCGUGCGGCGCGCGGAGCUGGUGCUGAAGUGCGUGAAGGGGUUCAUGCUGGAGGCGGCGGGCUGGGGCGGCGCCGAGCUGCGCACGCUGACGGCGGCGCUGCCCGCCAACGUGGCGCCCGCCCUGUUCGCUCCGCUCGCCGCGCUCACGCCCAACAUAUUCCGCGUCUCCAACCCCGUCAAGUUCAAGGCGCCCAAUAAAACAGACUCCUCGUAA